AUGAUCAUGUUCUGUGCCCGGUUUUCCGGCCCCCCGCACCCAAAUUGGAGUUUCUCCGCCCUCCCGCCCCUUAACCGCCCCCACCUCUGGGUCGCCACCCCUCGCACCGCCCACCCGCCACGUAGCUUCGGGCAACAGCACGGGCGUGUGGGCGUGGCUGGGGCGUUGGGUGACGGCGGCUGCCCCAUCACGCAACUUCACGCUGGAGCUCCGGCGCCCCCGAGAUCCCACCUGGACCACGUAUUUAAGUCAUUCAGUAUUCCACCAAAGAGGCAGCAAUGUGACCUCCCAGUGACCUCGCUCCUCCUUGCAGUGGCAAGCAGUCUGGCGCCUCAGGACGUGUACGAAGUGGGAGGCCUGCAGGCGGGCGCGAUCUACGGGCUAAGGCUGACCGCCCACAACGCCGCGGGCGCCACGACCAGCACCGUAGACAUAAGCACAGGCCCCGGGGGCGGCCUGGGGGCGCAGCCGGCAGGUGAGCUGGAGCUGGCGCCCCCCAACCCCAUCCACACGGACCCGCGCCUAAUGGCCUCCGCCGCCGCCUCCGCCCUGGCCCUGGCGCUCACCGUCGCCGCCGCUGUCCUCUGCUUCAGGAGGCGAGUGGCCGCUGGCAGGAGCGGGCGCGGGGCCCCCGAAGACCAGGAGGCGGAGCAGAACAAGACGAACCUUCUGCAGCAGCGAGACACCUACUACGCCACCGUCAGGAAGCCUCAGCCAGUACCUGCUACUCUUGAGAGAAUACCAGGUACCACGGAGAAGGAGACAGGUAGUGUACCUGCACGGCGAGCUUAUCUUGCUGUGAGUGGAGUACCAGGUACGAGGGGGGAGUGUAAGAGAUUCCUGUAAGAGUACCUAACACUAACGAAGGAAGAGCAGACCGUCUGUGGAAUGAGUAUCGAGAGGUCGGCAUCAAAGAAAACCGAUUUGUUUAAGGGACAGAGGAGAAGGGGA